AUGGAAAAAGAUAGCAAAUAAGGUGCUCUUGUCAAAAAGUAGUGGUUCAUCAAAUCAAACGCUGGUAGGAUAGAUGAUUUCUAUGAGUGGUCUAAGAAGAGAACUUUAGGAAGUGGACAAUUUGGAAGUGUCGUUUCAUGCAAGCUAAAAGGAACUAAUGACACAAGAGCUAUUAAAGUAAUCCCUAAAAGUAGAGUUAGAGAUCCUCAAUAAUUUUUGAAUGAAAUCAACAUUAUGAAAGAAUUAGACCAUCCAAAUGUCAUCCGUCUUUAUGAGACCUUUGAGGAUUAGAGAAAUGUUUAUCUUUCUAUGGAACUAUGCUCAGGAGGAGAGUUAUUUGAUGUUAUUACUGCUAAGAAAAAAUUUAGCGAAGAAGAAGCAAGAUUAGUUUUUAAUUAAAUUGUUUCAGCUGUCAGCUAUUGCCAUGCAAACAAUAUAUGUCACAGAGAUCUUAAGCCAGAAAACUUUUUGCUUUUGUAAAAAGAAUCUUUGGAUAAUAUUAAAGUGGCUGAUUUCGGUUUAAGCUGCAUAUUUGUUGAUAAAUAGUAAAAAAAGUAAGAUAUUUUAGGUAAAACUGGAAGUUCUUAUUAUAUGGCACCUGAAGUACUCUAAGGAAUAUAUAAUGAGCUUUGUGAUGUGUGGUCUUUAGGUGUUAUUUUGUACAUUCUUCUUUCAGGUAUUCCUCCUUUCUUUGGAAGCAAUGACUCUAAAAUAUUUGAGAAAAUAGAAAAAGGAACUUACUCAUUUGACUUCCCAUAAUUUUAAAACGUCAGCGAAAACGCUAAAGAUUUAAUCCGUAAGUGCUUGGUUCCUUAAGAUUAAAGGUUAAAAGCUAAUGAAAUUUUGAAACACCCUUGGUGUGCUACUGAAUAAAAAUAAUCUGCUAAUUUAAACAUCGAUGUAGGUAAUCUGAAAUCCUUUACCUCCAAUUCUAAAUUAAAGAAAGUCGCUCUUACAUUUAUUGCAAGUCAACUUUCUGAAACUGAAAUUAUUGAUUUAGGAAAGCAAUUUAAAUAACUCGAUAAAAAUGGUGAUGGUGUACUUUCUAUUGAGGAGAUAACAGAAGGUAUGAAGAAUUUUGAUGGCAAAUAAAGUCAAUUAUUAGAAAUUAUAAAAGAGAUAGACACAGAUAAAAAUGGUUAAAUUGAGUAUAGUGAAUUUAUAGCAGCUUCGAUGGAUAAACAGUUGUAUAUGAAGCAAGAAAAAUUAUAUUAGGCAUUUAAAGCUCUUGAUAUUGAUGGAAGUGGCUCAAUCAGCAAAGAUGAACUAAAAUAAGUUUUAGAUUCUGAUGAUCAUUUUUUGGAUCACUCAGUUGACUACUGGAAGAGUGUCAUACAAGAAGCUGAUAAGGACGGAAAUGGAGAGAUCGAUUAUGAAGAAUUUGUUGAAAUGAUGGUUCCCUCUUAAUCUGCUUGA